ACGAAUCAGACACAAUAAUAUUUAGUUGUGGUUUUUAAAUAAAAGUCUUGAUUACAAAGGUAAAUUUUUCUCUGAUUAAAUUUAUAACUUUAAUUAUAUGAGCUGAUUAAAUUAAUUAAACAGAAUUCAAAAGUUUUGUUUGUAAGUAUGCGAUACCGUAUCACCAAAAUUAAUCUAAAUUUGGUGCAAAUGAUUAUGGGAAUUGACGCAUUACGUGGACUUAAUUGGAUAAAACUGGUUGUUCCGAUAACAACAGUGGAUUAACUUAUAGGUUUUAGGGGUAAUCCAACGCCAUGUGGAGCUUACUUAUACCAACGCUUUUGAUAUUCGUGCGAACUGUUGUGCCCGCAAACGAUCAAUCAGAUUGCAUAGACGAGAAAUACAGAAACUUCAUGAUAGUGCCACAAAUUAUUCCCAUUUCACCACCUGAAGUGGUUUCGGAUAUUUUCGGUGAUUAUGCGUCAAAUUUUGGUAACAGAAUACCAACUUGCGCAACCCGUACCAGGCCGUUUACUACGUGGCCCAACGCGAAUGAGAACAAUCUAUACUCCCUCAUUGCUAUUGCUCCAGACUUGCCACAAUUUUACACAAGCACUUUGGGCAUCCAAUCCCUGUAUGGACUAAUAGUAAACAUACCCGGCGGGGAUGUGGAGAGGGGAGACAAGCUCGCACCCUACGUACCCCCCAUUUGCAUUCCUGGGUACAGAGAUUUCCGAUUCGUAUGCCUUAUCUACCAGCAGCAGAAUCGUAUUUCUGGGAUUAAACAAUUGAUGUACAGAUAUUCGACAAAUUUUGGCAAUUUCUCCAUCUCAGAGUUUGUAUCGCGCUAUCGGCUCGGCAAUCCUAUAGCCGGCAACUUUUUCCGGACAUUGUGCCGCGUACCUUGCAAGAUCGACGAUGUCUGCGAAGAACGUUCGUGCAACAAGCUUAGCCAGUCCAGCAAUACUUGCCCGAUAUGCGCUGUGAGCGAGCCUUGUAAACAUUAAACGUAAUAAAUAUAUUUAUAACACAU